GCAACUAAUUUUUAUGUUUUUUGCAUCUUUCUUUUUACUAAACUAAGGAUGGCUUCUACAAUCGUGGCCAAAAAAAUUGAGAUAAAUGCUGUUUAUUCUCCAUUUCUCAAAUAUUGACACAAGCGUCAAAUGGUCAAUGCUCUGCAAUCAUCAGUUUUGCUACUUUUGCCCACACGUAGGAUAGACUUGACAAGUUCAUAGUGUGUGAAUCUAAUAUAGAAUGAACCUACGCAAUUACUUGUGGUGGCAAACUUCGAAGUUUGUUGUCUUGUUUCAACAUUUUUGACCAAGAUUGAAGUUCUCUGUUUCAAGAUUUUGAACUUCGUGUUGUUUUAAAAAUGUUGUUUAUAAAUAUGCGUAUAUGUUGCAAAAGCUGUUUUAGUUUUCGUGCCUGUGGGACUGGGUCCAAAGUUGUCUGUAAGUAAAAAUGGUAGCUGCGAUUGGCAAAUCCAUGUAUUCUUUUUUGCGGGCUAAAGAGCAAUAUGCGAUAUAAGAAAAACUUUGAUUUCAAAAUACUGCGGUAAUUACAGUCUGUGGUCGCACUGACUACGAUCAAAUCUACCGAUUCUCUGUUCAUACUUAUAUCUAUUGAGAGAUAGUUCCCGCGCACACGAAAUAACAAGCUGCUGAAAAUUAAAAGGUUGGAAUGACAACUAUAACAGCAAGAAUAUAGGAAUAUAGAUUUCAGCCUGUAUUUUUUUGUAUUUCAGCAGUAUUUUUUGUGAAACAUGUGGAUGGUUAUAUUGUAACUUAUAUGUCCAGUAAAUUUGAUGAUGAGUCAUGUGCCCGGUAAGACAGUAAUAUGUCCGGUGUUUUUAUGGUGAGACGGCAAUGUAUCUGGUAGGUUUAGUUGAAAGGUAGGUUUGAAAGGUAGGGCUUUGUAGUGAGUACUAUUGUGCAUUGUUCAAACUUAUUGAAGGAAUGUAACUUCCGGUCGAAAAUAUGUAUGAUUGGUAAAACCAUGAAUGAUUCCACGGGCUUAUGGACUAUGAGCUAUGAGUUUUCGAUUUUACUUCCCAAUAGAGCAUUUACAAAAAAAUAAUGGUUGAAAAACCUCUUCACAAAAGCCUAGCAUAAAACUUGUCUGACUAGGUCUUUAAUUUCUUUUGUAUCAAUUAUAAAGAUGUCCUUCUUAAGGGAUUUUAAUAUUUAGCGCAUCGCUAUGAUGAGAAAAAACAAAAACCCAUCAAUAUAACUACGCAUAUUUACAUAAAUUAAAAGCUUUACCAUGGCAACAGUAUUAAACAUAUAAAAACAGCAAGAUGGUAGAAUAAGUAACAACAAACUUUUUUAUGGUUUAUAUUUACUUCUCUUUUAUUUGCAUACUAAUUUACUUCACGAGUGAUGUAACUUUGUAACAACAAGAAAGCAGCAAUCAAUUUAAAAAUUCAAGAUGGUGGAGAAGAGAAUCAUCUCACAGUUGUCCCAACCGCCCUCCGCAUCAUUUAAAUCCAAACGCCCACGCCAACCACUACUAGUGUUUGAACAACGCCCAGUGGCUCAACAACGUUCUUUGUUUGGAAAAAGCUCACUGUGUCAACAACGCCCGGGAUCUCAACGUUCCAUGCCGCUAAACAACGCAUGGGAUAAAGAUAGUAGUCGUCCAAACACCGGGCAGAGUUUUCCAGAAAGACAAAGUAAAAAUCCUUUUUUUAUCCGAAACGCGCCUCAUCCGACAAAAGUGAGGCACAUCAAAGGUUUUCUCAAUGUUCCAGUUUGUACAGUGCUGGACGCCGGAUACAACGAAAAUGUACCGAAAAAACAGCAAUUGAAAACUAACUUCCUUUUUUCUUAUCCUGGUGAGAAAAAAAAAGAGAAAUUCAUUCCUGGAGUUGGUAUAGUAAAUUUAGAGCCAUCCUGGGUAAAACUUUUAAAAGAGUUCACCGAAAAAGUUGAGGAGAAACCAACUCGAACAAAAUCGCUUCCAUUGCGGCUACAAUCGAUAAAUGAAGAACGCGAAAUGCGUAUCUCUACAACCACUCCGAUGCCUCGUUUACAAGUAACUCUCCCUCCUCCUGUGGGUGAAACCUCCCCACAGAGAGGUGUUAUGAGUCGGCAGUCCUCACGAGCGUCGAAUCAUCGUUCACAAAAUCGGUCACACUUACGAAGAAUCGAAGAGGAUUUUGUACGCCAAUCGUGUGAACAAUUAAAGAGGGCGGAUGUCAAUCAAAACAACAUCAAAAAUGGUUUCUUUAACAUUCAGAAUAUUUCGUUUGAAGACAACCCUGCGUAUGUUUUUUAUAUUUUGUCUCAAGUUUUACAAACAGAUUCGAUCGAUGAUAUCGGAAGUUGGCUUCUACAGGCACCAGGAAGAGAAAAAGAAAUAGUUCUGAACAUGGUACGCGCCGUUGCAAACACAAAUCGUGAUUUUCGACAAGGAAUGUUGGAAUUGGAAAAACUCAAGCAGCCAGAUUAUCAAAAAAAUUUUCUUUAUCACGAAAAUAGUCUUGAUAUUGAAGAAAUAAAAAAACAUAAUAAUGAGACAAGAAAUAACUCGAAAUUUCACUCAAAUAACUCGAUUAUGGACCAGCUAGAAGAAACAGUUGAAUGUGACAUUAGACAUGCUACGAGAAAGAGUUUAAGAUCUGGAGAAGAAAUUCUAAAAGAUGUUUUUCCAAAAUUAACUGAAGAAGAUGCAGAAAUAGAAGGAAUCAGAAGCCAAUUAGCUUCACGAAGUGGAAGCGUAAAUGUUUUUUCGAAGACGAGAUAAUCGCAUUUGUACAUACUAUUCUGCUAAUUACAUUUGCAUCAACAUGGCUGUGUUGUUUUACAAGCAAAGGAGACAUCUAUAACAAAUUAAUAGAUGGAACAAGCGAAGGACUGGAGAUCGCGUGAACGAAAAUUUCAUGGUUUCAUUGCUUUCAAAUCAAGUGGACAUCAACAACUGUAAUUGUUGAUACAAGCAAGAUGCAGAAGAAAUGUGGGUCAAAAAAAAAAAUUCAAAAAUACAAAAGCCAAAAAAAUUCAAUGUUAAAAUAAACAAAACCAUAUCGCCAGACUCAUUUUUUUCAGUGUGUUUUUUGUUGAAAUUUUUGACCUGGAAAAAGUCUUUCCUGCUCGAUAGUCCUCCAAAUUUAAUUUCUUUUAAAAAACGAGCCAACUACAUACCCCUUAGUGUAAUACAUUUACAUUGGUUAACUAUUCUUAAAGAGGGAAGGAAACAGCUAAGAAAAGUCAAUUCCGGUGCCUUUUGUAUUAUCUAUUCUUGUGUAACUUUGACGACUGUAUAACAUAAAAUUGAACACAAGCUGAUAAAUAAAA